CUCCUUCCUAGCUUACUCCGCGUCUGCCGGUAGCUGAUUAGUUUCCACAGUUGGAGGCAGGCAGAGAGACAGAAGGGGGUUCAGGAUGGCGACGCUUGUGGAAGUGGCGGACCCUGAGCCCACUUGUAGUAGCAAUCUAAUGUCUUCUUCAUCCUCUUCAAGCCUUUCUCACCGAUUUCUUGACAAUAAGUUUUAUCUGCUGGUGGUCAUCGGAGAAAUGGUCACAGACGAUCUUCUAAGGUGUGCCAUUGCAGAUAUUGAGCGAGGAAUUCGGUCAUGGGACACCAAUCUCAUUGAAUGCAAUCUGGAUCAAGAACUGAAGCUCUUUGUAUCUCGACACUCUGCAAGAUUUUCACCAGAGGUUAGAGGCCAGAAGAUCCUGCACCACAAAAGCAAUGUCCUAGAAACUGUAGUUCUCAUCAAUCCUUCAGAUGAAGCCGUGUGCACCGAGGUCCGCUUGAUGAUUACUGAUACUGCAAGACACAAGCUUCUAAUCCUGUCGGGACAGUGCUUUGAAAACUCAGGAGAGCUUAUUCUACAAUCUGGCGCAUUUUCGUUUCAAAAUUUCAUAGACAUUUUCACGGAUCAAGAGAUUGGUGAACUACUGAGCACAACACAUCCAGCAAACAAAGCCAGUUUGACUUUAUUUUGUCCAGAAGAGGGGGACUGGAAGAAUUCGAGCUUGGACAAACACAAUCUGCAAGACUUCAUCAAUAUCAAAUUGAAUUCCCCUUCUAUCCUACCUGAAAUGGAAGGACUUUCAGAAUUCACUGAAUAUCUAUCUGAAUCUGUGGAAAUUCCCUCACCAUUUGACAUCCUGGAGCCUCCAACCUCUGGUGGCUUCCUGAAACUCUCUAAACCAUGCUGCUAUAUCUUUCCUGGUGGAAGAGGCGACUCCGCACUUUUUGCAGUCAAUGGGUUCAACAUGCUUAUCAAUGGAGGGUCGGAUCGUAAGUCAUGUUUUUGGAAGCUUGUACGACACUUGGACCGAGUAGAUUCAAUACUUCUGACCCACAUUGGAGAUGACAACCUCCCAGGAAUUAACAGCAUGCUGCAGCGCAAAAUUGCUGAAGUAGAAGAGGAGCAAUCACAAGGAUCAACAGCAAAUAGUGACUGGAUGAAAAAUCUAAUUUCUCCCGAUUUAGGAGUUAUAUUUCUUAAUGUUCCAGAGAACCUCAAAAUCCCAGAGCCUAAUUAUAGAAUUCGGAGAAGCAUUGAAGAAGCAAAUCUCACAUUGCAAUAUUUAAACAGAUUAUCUUUGAAGACCGAACCACUAUACAGAGGAGUGGGUAAUACCAUUGAUCCGAUCAUUCUUUUUCAGAAAAUGGGAGUGGGUAGACUAGAAAUGUAUGCAUUAAACCCUGUAAAAAAUAGCAAAGAGUUACAAUACUUCAUGCACCAGUGGACUGGCAGCAGCAAGGAAACUGCUUCAGUAUUGCUACCAGAUGGGAAAGAAUCUGAGAUUCCAGUCUCUCACAUGACUUCCAUUUCAUCUUUGAUUGUGUGGCAUCCCGCUAACCCAAGUGAAAAGAUUGUUCGCGUUCUGUUUCCAGGCAAUGCAACUCAGCAAAGUAUCUUAGAGGGUCUGGAGAAACUCCGACAUCUAGACUAUCUCAAACAACCAGUGGUCACGCAAAAGGAACUUAAAGAAAACACAGGAGCCCAGAGUUUAAAACAAGCAAAGACAAAACACAAAACAGACAGCAAAGAAAGCCUAAAGUCAAUAUCAAGACCAUCUUCCGUAAAAGGAGUAAGGAAAGAGUCAAAAGAAGAAACACCAGAAGUCCCAAAAUCAACUAUAGAGGCACAGCAAGAAAAGCCCCAUAAGGAAGAAAAGAAGGAAAGGCCUCUUGUCAAAAAGGAAAAACCAAAGGUGGUGGCAUCAGACAAAGAAGUGCAAGGAAAACCAGAACAGCCAGUCAAGGUAGAGAGUUCUGAGAAACAAAAGACUGACAUCAAGUCCAGAGUUGCAAAAGAAAAAGUGGUCAAAAAGGAGCCAAAAGUUCAGAAAGUUGAAGAGAAGAAAAAAGAAGAAAAGGAGGUAAAAAAAGAAGGCAUCAGGAAAGAGGAAAAAGUCAUCACUGGCAAAGAAGAGCAGAUUGUAAAAGAAGGAAUGAAAAAAGAACUUAAAAAAGAACUAAAACGUGAUGUGAAGAGGGAAGGAAAGAAAGAAGUAAAGAAGGAGAUGCCAAUGAAGGAAGCAAAAAAGGAAGCAAAAAAGGAUGAGAAGAAAGAUGAGGUUAAAAAGGAUGUAAAGAAACUCUCUAAAGACACAAAAAAAGCAGCUGCUCCACAAGGAGAUGCCAAAAAACUUGUGCCAAAACCAAAAAUACAAAAGAAAGAAGAGGCUCCAAAGAAGGAGGUGGGCAGUAUGGGAAAGCCAAAAGACAAAGCUAAGACUAAACCUCUCAAGAAAGACAGUAAGCCUAGUGAUGCCAGGCCACUGGCCACUGCCGCUGCCGUUGCCGCUGUGGCGGCUGCUGCAGCAGCAGCAGCAGUCAGUGAGCUAGAUGAAGAAGUGACAGCCGCCACUGUGGAAGUUCUGGAAGCUGAGCGGUCACUAAUGUCUACACCUGAAGAUCUCACCAAAGACUUUGAAGAACUCAAGGCCCAGGAAAUAACUGAGAAUGUUAUGACCGUGCCAUCUGAACAGUCUCCAAAUAUUUUCGAUGAACCAGUUGUUAUAGUCCACCGCGAAGACAUAGUGGCCAGCAAGACCUCCCCAGAAACUGGGCCUGUUGAAUCUCCAGAUGAGGGAAUAACAACCACAGAAGCUGAAGGAGAGUGUGAACAGACUCCAGAUGAACUGGAGGCUAAGGAAAACAUUAAUGAGGAUGAUAACAAUGAAAAGUUUGAAGAUGAGGGUACAGGCUUUGAGGAGACAUCUGAAAUGGGUGACUAUGAGGAGAAGACAGAGACUGAGGGUGUAGAGGAAGAAAACAAAGAGGCCAGUGUUGAAAGUGCAUUCAUCUUGAAGGGGGAAAUAGCUGAUGCCAGAGCAGCUGACUUGAUUGAUCCACACAAAGACAACCAAAUGUCAUUUAUAACAGACAAGGAACCCGCCAAGGAAUAUAAACAGACAGAUGAUGAUUUGGAAGAAGUAUCUGAGAAAGAAGAGACUGAAGAAGAUGAAGAGACAGAAUGUGAUAAAAAAGAUAUGAAACAUUUAAAAGAUCAAGAAUCUGAGGAAGACCAUGACAGUGAGCAUACUGAUGUAAAAGUGAAAGACUCCCUGCCAGUCGCAACUCCACCCAAACUUUCUGCACCUCAGUCUCCUGCUAUGGAACAUGCAUCUAUCCAUGAUGAAACACUUCCUUUGGGAUCUGAAAGUGAAGCCACUGCUUCGGAUGAAGAGAACAGAGAAGAACCACUAGAGGAGUUUACUGCAACUUCAGGCUAUACACAAUCUACAAUUGAAAUUUCUAGUGAACCCACACCUAUGGAUGAAAUGUCAACACCAAGAGAUAUUAUGAGUGAUGAAACAACCAAUGAAGAAUCUGACUCUCCAUCUCAAGAUUACGUCAAGUUCAAAAUGACAGAGUUUUCAAAUGGUUUUGACAGAACCAAACUCUCACCUCUUCCAGCUAGUUCCAAUGAAUCAUCAUCAGACUAUUCAAAAACAGGUGCCACAGAAGGCAGGGAUUACCAACACUCUGCUUCAACAAUUUCGCCACCUUCAUCAAUGGAAGAAGAUAGAGUGUGCAAGAUACUAGAAAGUGAAAUACAUGCCACAAAGGAUAAGGAAGAAGAAUCUGAAUUAGGUUUUGGUACUCCAGACAAAUUAACACUUGAUACUAAAACUAGUCCAGCUGCUCUGUCACCACUAGCUAAAACUCCAACAAGUGAACGAAGUGUAAACUUUGAUUUGACUCCAACAGCAAUUGCCAAACCUAUUGAAAUGGGAAUUAUUUCUACUGAAGUUACUGGUGAAACAGUUGAACCUUCUAUUAGCCCUGAUGAUAAAACAUUAGAAGUUGCCUCUCCUCACUCUACUCCUGGAAGUGCAGGACAUACUCCUUUUCAUCAGUCACCAGUAGAGGAAAAGACCAGUAAUCUGCCCGUUAAUGCUGAUGAAAAAAUCACCAGCCCAACUAUAGUGGCACCACCUAGUGAAGAAGAGAAACUUUUAGAUGAUAGAAUCAGUCCAAUGGAUGAACCUGUACCAGAUGCUGCUUCGCCCUUUGAAAAGGUUCUUUCUCCACUCCGCAGUCCACCACCAAUUGGGUCUGAAUCUUCAUUGGAAGGCAUUUUGGAUAUUAAACCACACUUGGAUAGUGUUGAGCUACCCACCAAGAGCAAUAAUGAAGACAACAAGUCUUCAACUAACUUGAAUCCAUUUCUUGAUUAUUCUUCAGAAAGUUCGUUUAGCCCUUUACAAGAGAAACAAAAGAUUUUGGAUGUGGAACCUUGCCUCAAAGAAGAGAAGACAUAUGAGAGUGCAAUAACUGCAAGUAAAAUGGAGGAACCUUAUCAUUCAGUGAAGCCUUCAUCAGAUAUAUCUCCAAUUUUACCUGAGUCAUGUCAAUUUGGAUCAUUUAAAGAGGAAAGCAAGAUGUCAAUUUCUGAAGGAACCACUUCAGAUAAAUCAGCCACCCCUGUUGAUGAGGUGGUGGCAGAGGAUACAUUUUCACACAUAGAAGGCGUAGCUUCUGUCUCAACUGCUUCCCUUGCCACAAGCUCCUUCCCAGAACCAACAGCAGAUGAUGUGUCUCCUUCACUACAUGCUGAGGUUGGCUCACCACACUCCACAGAAGUGGACGAUUCCUUAUCCGUGUCUGUUGUACAAACACCAACUGCAUUCCAAGAUACAGAGAUGUCACCAUCUAAAGAAGAAUGCCCAAGACCAAUGUCAAUUUCUCCAGAUUUUUCACCAAAAACAGCCAAAUCAAGAACACCAGUUCAGGAGAUGAAGUCUCCAGAACAAUCAACGAUGUCUGUAGAAUUUGGCCAGGAAUCUCCAGAUCAUUCUUUAGCACUGGAUUUUAGCAAACAGUCUCCAGAGCACCAAGCCCUUAGUGCCAGUGCUCUUCAUGUCACAGAAAAUGGGCCCACAGAAGUAGAGUACAGCCCUACUGAUACUCAUGAACUGGCAUUUUCAGAAAAAUCAAACAUUCUUCAAGACAAAACGAUGCCUUUCCAAGACACUGAUUCACCUCACAUUUCAGCUUCUCCAUCAGAAGCCUCUCAGUCAACAUCAUCAGGUCGAACGCCUUCACAAGUAGCUUCUCCACUGCGUGAGGAACAUAUUGUGGAUGCCUCUGAACCAUCUCAUAUUUCAUUAUUUGGGCUUGGAAGCUGCACUAGUGCAGAAAGUGCAAGUGCAACACUUAAAGCUGAGGAAUUUUCAACACAUCAAGAUAAAUCUCCAGUCACACCAAAAGCAGCUUCCAGUACUUACUCUCCUAUUUCUCCAGAUUUAUCACCUGUAUUAGGAGGUUCAGCUGCACCAGAAGGUUUGCCUUUUGAACCUGAGGAAGUCCAGCAGAAGCAGAGCAAGUCCCCCAUUAACCUAAAGACUCCUUCGCCUGAAGUGGAAUGCUAUUCUACUUUUUCUAUACAAAGUUCAGAUGAACCCUUGAAAAAAGAGGAAUCUCCCGUUAGUCCUAAGGAAGCAUCUCCCUUAUAUUCACCAUUGUCAUCUCAUUCUUCAUUUUGUGCAGAAAAGUCUAUAAAUCAGGAAAGCUCUCCAGUUAAAAUAGAUGAUGCUAGUCCAAAAGACACUAAAUCCCCUGUAACUUCAAAACCAACAUCUCCAGCAUAUUUUGUAGGCUCAACCGAGUCAUCGUUUGCCCUCAGAAGUCCAGCACCACCUGAAACACUGUCGUUACAAACCAGUGAAUUGUCACCUGAAAAUAUCAAGUCUCCUCAAAGUCAUAAAGAACAGUCUCAUGAACAUAUAUAUUCUCCUGAUUCAGGUGACCUUAAAGAAAAAAGCAGUCCUUCUGAUUAUUCAUCAACAUAUUUGUCAUUACAGAAAUCAAAAUCUGAAGUGGAAAAGCAAGAGACAAAAGUUCAAGACACAAUGAAAAGCAUGGACAAAUCCCCAGACGAGGCUCAAGUAAAGCAGGCUCUUUCACCUAAAUCUAGAAAUGAUGUUGAUUUAUGCUUGGUGAAUGCAUGCGAAUAUAGGCAUCCUAAAACGGAGCUCUCUCCAUCAUUUAUCAAUCCAAGCCCUCUGGAAUAUUUUGCAAAUGAGGAUGAUUCCCAAAAAGAUGAGAGGCCUUUAACUCAAGCAAGUGGAGGACCACCCCCAUCAGGAGGAAAACCACACUCUAGACAAUGUGAUGAAACUCCACCAACUUCAGUCAGUGAGUCCUUGCCUUCUCAAACAGAUUCUGAUGUUCCUCCAGGAACCGAAGAAUGCCCCUCUAUUACAGCCGAUGCGAACAUUGAUUCUGAAGAUGAAUCUGAAACCCUUCCAACCGACAAAACUUUAACCUACAGGCAUGCAGAUCCCCCACCAAUUCCGCUGAGAGACCCAGCUCCAUCCCCUCCUUAUCCUGAUGUCUGCAUGGUGGACCCUGAAGCUAUACCCUCAGACCAGGCAGUGGGGAAAUCAUUGAAAAAAGACACCAAGGAUAAAACUAAGAUCAAGAAACAGACCGUCAAGACAAAGUCAUCAUCACCAGCACGAAAAAGUGACAAGCCGAAACUUUCAGGAGUGAACUCAAAGACUACUGCUGUAAAAGACUCAUUAGACAAGGUUUCCAAAAUAGGUUCUCCAAAAAAGAAAGACAAUUUAGUAACCAAGUCAAGUGCCAAUGGAGAUAUAAAUCAUGUUGAGGAAAAGGAUGCAAAGAAUGCUACUAAUACUUCCACUUCAAGGGGUACAAAAAGUGCCACUACAGGCCCUGGAAGCAAUAAAACAUUAGGAAGUGGAAAUGGACCAUCUGGAUCCUCAUUUUAUCUAGACCUGGUUUACAUUCCGAAUCAUUGCAAUGCUAAGAAUGUGGAUGCGGAGUUCUUCAAACGUGUGCGGUCUUCUUACUAUGUUAUAAGUGGGAAUGACACGACAGCUGAGGAGCCUAGCAAGGCUGUUCUGGAUGCCCUGCUUGAAGGAAAGGCCCAGUGGAGUAAUAACUUACAGGUGACCUUAAUCCCCACCCAUGACUCAGAUGUAAUGAGGGAGUGGUACCGGCAGACUCAUGAAAAACAGCAAGACCUAAACAUCAUGGUUUUAGCCAGCAGCAGUACCGUCGUCAUGCAAGAUGAAUCUUUUCCUGCUUGCAAAAUUGAACUGUGAUGCUCAUGACUCUCUUUUCAUUGUAAACUCCAGUGAAAAAUGAAAAUGCCCAGUCAGGAAUGAAGCCAGUACAUGAAAGGACCCACCCAAAAAAUAAAUAAAUAACAGCUACAUACUCUCAGUGAUGCAAGUCACUAAACUAACCUCGUCUCUGUUAGCCACUAAAGCAUCAGCUCCCAAAACAGAUUUCAGACUAGUGCUGCACGAUACCUGAUGCAAAAGGCCACUAAGCCUUUGAUGCCACUACAUGUGAAGGACCUCAUAAGCAAAUUGGUCCAGUAGGUCUGUGGUAAAUGCAGUCCACAAGUGCCCGAGCAAUAGUUUGAAUCCUGUUUGGGGGCUAAAUGAUGUACAAAAAUCAGUUACCCCAAGGCAUGCUCCCUAAGAAACAGCUUAAACAAACAGUGUUCCUUUCAGUCAUGCCAUCUUUCUGUUUAACCCUGAAAAGCCUGCAUGACCAUAAACAUCUGAAAGCAGCAAAAAGGCUACUAAAAUAUAGCAAAGACCAAAGGAUGAGGGAGUACACAGUUCUGGAAAAUUUGCCUUAGAAAGUGACUUGAAUGUAAAAAAAAAAUCUAACAAACUGAGAAAAUGGAUACUUAAUGCACUUAAUUUUGUAAUGUGAAACAGCAGGUGUUUUAAUUCAAUGAACAAAAAAGUCAAUAACAAACAGCCAUUUAGGACAAACGUUUAUACACUAGUGCUGAAGUUUGAGUGCGCAUUUACGUUGUGGUUCCACAUUCCUAUGAUAAUCUCAGCUGAAUUGUUCAUUUUUUGAUUGAUUGGUUGGUUGCUUGAUUCAUGAUUUGUAACAGCCUUUUAUGAGUAAAAUAAGACAUUUGUAAAUGACUCACAACAAAAAACAAAAAAACAAAGCCUUUUAAACCAGUGCAUACAUGAAGAGGUUGGCUAUAAGUAAUUGAAGAUUUGUUUUAUUUUUUUGAUUUUUUUAAUGUUAUGAUUAGAGAUCCUUUUGGUUUCUGUGAAUUUUACAAAUGGACGGGGCAACAUUUGAAGUCUGUUUAAAUGUACAAAAAAUGCACUUGUGUAACCAUGAUGGCAGCUGAAAGCCACGUAAUGGGAUUUUGUGAGUUUCUCAUUUCUUGGACUUUUGUGUUUUUAAUUUUUUGUUCUAGUUUGCCAAGUUUUUCUUUUUUCUUUUGGUGUGUGUUACACAGCUGUCUCCCUAUGGAGUGGCCUUGUUUGAUCGCACUGUAUUGUUCAUUUCAAUGAUUGUUUACUAUUGCA